UCACAGUCGAAUGGCUUUCAGAAAUCAAGAUGAGAUAUUUAAUACUACUAGGUUUUGUUGUCGCUGGCCUCACAACUACCAUGGCAGGCUCUAAACAUGGUAGUGGCCAAAAAAGUGGCAGCGGUAGUUCACAGUCAACGGCGACAACAACUCAGACAACAACAACGAUUCCGACAACAACAACGAUCCCGACAACAACAACGAUACCGACAACAACAACGAUACCGACAACAACAACGAUCCCGACAACAACAACAACGGCGACGGCAUCAACAACAUCAACAGCGAUCCCAGGACCAACAACCACCCCUGAACCCCCCAAAUACGUCAACAACUGUAAAUGCAUACAGAACUGCAAUGGGUUCAACGUCACCAAUUACUGCAUCCCCUGGCCGAGUUGUACCUCAAACCUCACAUUUACGACGGUUCUAUGACCUCUCUUCGCUGACCUCUGAUUGAUCCACGGACAGGGACGGACAUAAGACCCCUCGUUUCAAAGACCUCUGUAUGUAUGAGUAUUUCUCUCUUCAAUACUUGUGUGAAUAUGUACAUAGAAUAUGAAGAUUUGCGCCAUUCGUUCCUUAAA